CCAGAUGUUAGCCAAUUGAAAUGAGGCGACUAGGCCCAUGUCUUGUGAUUUGUGAGUGCGCGGCUUUGCAGUCUUGCGCCGAACUCUUCAUCUUGCUGCUGCUCGCCUGCAGGCGACUCCUAACAGAUGAAGUAGCAAUUUUGGUUGCUUGUCGUCGCAUUCAUAGCCAUAGCUUUGUGUGAAUUUCUUGCUCCUGUUGUUGCGUUUGUUGUGAGUUGUGGAGUUGUAGGAGCAGCGUGGGCAAGGGGAAGUAACGAAUGCGGAGUUGUCCAAGCGCCACCCGAAACUCAACACCUUCAAGCUUCACAUGAAGUGAACACCACCACUACCAUCUCAUAUCACGGCCUUAAUCUUCACCAUGGCCCGCCAAAUGCGUCCCCUAAGCCGACGCCUUCAAUUCAUCCAGGCACGAGCGACCCAGCGCCUGCCAGACCGCACCUUCACCACCACUCCACCCCACCUCCAAGAAGACUCCAACGAACCCUCCACCUCUCUCGAAUCCCUCAAAGAAAUCGACACAAUCGCCCUCUCCACCACAAAAAGCCACAUAACCCACAUCCUCUCCACAACCCAAUCCCUCCAACACCUAACCUCCCAAAUCCUCCCCCAGGCGCGCAGCAUCCAACUCAACCCCCAAAUCCCUCCUUACACCCCCUCCCUCUGGACCCUCCAACACCAAACCGCGCCACCCCGCCUGGCCCUCCUCCACGAACACGCCACACGCCUCCACCAAAACCUCACAGACCUCCAAACAACCCCCCACGCCAUCGAAUCCAACACAACCUCCCUCCAAAAAUUCAAAUCCGACCUCAACUCCCAAACCAAAGAAGAUAAAUGGAACGAAUACAUUAACCUCAAAUACCUCGAAAAAGCUUCUUUACAUCGUCAACAAACCAGAAUCGACACUUUACAAGCCGAAGUGGAUACCAUGAGAGAGGAGAAUUUGGGAUUGGCGGCGAGGAGGGCGGCGAAAGCUGGUGCGAAAGGGAAAAAGGAUAUCGCACCGGUGAAGGCUUUUAAGCCGGCGUUUAGGAGGGCUUUGGCGGGGAGUGUGAUGGAGAGGGAUGACGGUGGUGGAGGUGGGAUGAAGAGGCGGAAACAGAGUUUGGCGGAGACCGUGAAGAGUAAUAGGGAACGAGGGAGAAGGGGACCACAGCAGGGGUGGGGAGCGACGGCGACGGAGAAGGCGGAGGUGGGAGCUAUGGCUACUUCUGGGGCGAGGAAACCGAGUCCGUUUCAGAAUCAAAAGGUUUUGAGGCCUGCUACUGCUAAUGCGAAGGAGGUGGAUGGGAUCGAAGGAAAAACGAACGAGAACGAUUCCAAGGCACCCAAACAGAUUGACGACCUGCGAGCUUCGCUUGAAGCGAAUUUGAAGCCUUGAUGGAACUCCUGUAUCUAACGCCAGUAACCAGUCUGAUGAACCCAGACAUCUGCACCACCUAUCAUUCGCUCAUGUGCCAGCAACCCAUCCGCUCAGGACCAUCCUCAGUCUGCAUUGCCCAGACUCUCCUAGACUGCACCUCCACCGAUCGUACUCUGACUCGCCGUGCUAGGGUAAAAGAACGCAGCGAGAGCAAUGAUCACAUAUGCCGCGAUCAACAAACUACCCUCGAGGUAAUUACUCCUUCCGUCCAGCACCAGGAAAUUGACCA